CAGUCGCACGCCGACACUAGUGCAGCACGGACGCUAGGCGAGCCGUCAUGAUCCUGGGAGCGGAUAUCUUUACAGGCAUGAUAUGAUGAGGAGCAGCUCGUAGCAGCAUGGCGGGGAUGCCCAUACUCGGUAAUGCUGUGGGAGCUGGUGAGCUACCUGAAGAUGGAAGCAACAGGUCUUCAAGUAGUGGCUCGCGACGCGGGUCUUCACCUCUUCGGUCUCAAGAUCAUGAAGUGGAUGUCUGUUGCCAUCGCCCUGACCUGACCAGUGCCCUACCUCUACGGAGACCCCAAUACCAGCAUGAUAUAUUCAGCGAUAAUAAAGUCUCGUCUAUGGUUUCGCUGAGUGGCGCUGGUAUUGUGACCCACACAGCCCCAUCGUACGAUGAACAACGAGCCAGUCCUGCCCUACUGACGCGUCACACCGGAACUCCUGGAGGACGAAGCGUAAGGGAUGAUGGCUAUUGCUCUGCAAGUAGUACUCCCAGAGCAUUCGAUCACAAAGCGACUAAAACCUCUGUUGUAAUUCUUCCAUGUUAUAAAAAGGAGCCUAAAAUCGAAAUAGAAGACGAGUUUUUUAAAGAAAAUAGCAGUAGAAGGAUUAGAAAAAGUAGCGUUAAGCCAAAUGAGGACGGGCGGGAGACGUGGGGAACUGGAGCUGACUUUCUGCUGUCCAUCAUCGGGUUUGCUGUCGACCUGGCCAACGUCUGGCGGUUUCCGUACCUGUGCUACAGAAAUGGCGGCGGUGCCUUCCUCAUUCCCUAUAUGUUAAUGUUAGUGUUCGGCGCGGUUCCUUUGUUCUACAUGGAGCUUAUAUUAGGACAAUACAACAGACAAGGUCCUAUAACGUUGUGGAAAAUUUGUCCCUUAUUUAAAGGUGUCGGGUUCUGUGCUGUGAUGGUGGCGUUCUAUGUAUCAUUUUAUUAUAAUGUUAUCAUUGGAUGGGCGUUAUAUUUCCUCGUAUCAUCAGCCAGCUCCGAGCUGCCAUGGCUUCACUGUGACAACUCCUGGAACACGGAGCAGUGCUGGGACGCGGCGCGACAGAAUACCACAACAAACAGGACCGACAUCAUUUACCAUGGACCACUGUCGCAUUUUACACCGGCUUCUGAAUUCUUUCACCGGGCGGUCCUUGAGAUGCAAUACUCGGAAGGGUUGAACGACCUCGGCUUUCCCAAAUGGCAAUUGGCAAUGUGUCUGGCUGUCGUCUACGUGACCUUGUAUUUGUCUCUUUUCAAAGGUGUUAAAAGUUCUGGUAAAGUUGUAUGGCUCACAGCAACAAUGCCAUACGUUGUACUCUCGAUACUGUUGGUGAGAGGACUUCUGUUGCCAGGGGCUACACGAGGCAUCGCUUAUUACUUAAAACCAGAACUGUCACGACUUAAGGAUACGCAGGUUUGGGUUGAUGCAGCUGUACAAAUCUUCUACUCAGUUGGCGCUGGUUUUGGAGUCCAUCUUUCAUAUGCAAGCUACAACACCUUCCACAAUAAUUGCUACAGAGACUGCCUGAUAACGACAUUGGUGAAUUGCUUUACGUCAUUCUUCUCCGGUUUUGUGAUCUUUACGUACUUGGGGUUUAUGUCUCACAAACAAGGAGUUCCUAUUUCGUCUGUUGCUACUGAAGGACCUGGUCUGGUGUUCCAAGUCUACCCCGAAGCGGUGGCAACUCUUCCUGGAGCCAGUUUGUGGGCUAUGCUUUUCUUCUUCAUGUUAAUCAUGCUGGGCUUAGAUUCAGGGAUGGGUGGACUGGAGUGUGUCAUAACAGGCCUGCUGGACGCAGCUCGAGCCAGCGGAGCUCAUCAUCUUCGCCGAGAGCACUUCACGCUGGUGGUUGUCUGUGUGUCCUUCUGUGUCGCCUGUAUCAAUAUCACUCCGGGAGGAAUCUAUAUGUUCCAUCUGUUGGACACGUACGCUGCGGGCAUUUCUCUGUUGUGUUCAGCGCUUUUUGAAGCUGUCGCGGUUUCUUGGUUUUACGGUCUUAAGAGAUUCUCCGACGACGUCGAGGAAAUGCUGGGGUUCAGACCUGGUCUCUAUUGGAGGAUAUGCUGGAAAUUCAUUAGCCCCACUUUUAUUAUUGGGGUCGUUGUAUUUGGUCUACUGUAUCAACAGCCGUUACAGUAUCAGCACUACACAUACCCUCACUGGGCGGAGGUGCUGGGCUGGGGUCUGGCGUGCUCAUCCAUACUCAUGAUACCCAUCGUUGCUGUCUACAAGUUGGCAACAACUUCAGGAAACUUCAAACAAAGGCUGGCUUGCUGCAUAUCUCCGGAAUCAGAACAUGAAGCAAUCCGAAGUGGUGCUCCGAUAACUCGCUUCUCUUGGCGACACUGGCUCUAUAUUUAAGCUUUUUGCUUUAGCUUUCUGGUUAUGGUUUGUAAAGUGUGCAGUACAGUUGUGUGAACUAUUGUGAUAGCUCACUGCUAAGAUUAAUUCUUUUCAUGAAUCUUAUUAUACCUUGUGCAGUGAGCUGACGUAUCUCAGGCGUUUGAAGAAUUGGAUUUGCCAAAGAGAUGCUACGUUUAUUAAAAAACCACAUUCAGAGAAGAUGUGUAACGGGGUUUCAUCUGGACUAUUUCAGAAACAACCCUCUCUGCAAUCUCUGAGGCCUAAGAUUGAGAGGUGUUGAUUUAAACUGCAGUGCCCGUUUGUAUCCUGGUUAGAGUGCGUAAGAUUUCCCUAUUUAGCCCUAGUGCCUCAUGUCCUGUUAGUGUGCUUUUAGAAGUAUCCAUAUUUGGGACAGCGUGGUGGAUGCUCAAAUCCUUGUCAUGUACAUAUAUAUGUAGCUAGUUCAAGUCAAACGCUUUAGCAAGGGGCUGCAGGUUGUUCGUAGUUAAAGUUCAUUGAAGAUGGGGUUCUGUUCGCAGGUAUAAAUAAGACAAGUUGAAAGGUUAUUGUUUGGGGCCAUCACAUUUAUCUUUUGUUGUUUAGCUUUGUCAAAAAUGUAUAAUAUUAUUAUGUGGUAGGUAUAUUGUCAAAGCCGUGAUAUUCAAUGGACAUAUGCUAUGAUGGAUAGCCGUCAAUGGACUUCAUAUCUUACAAUUUAAAGGUCUGGUUUUAUUGACAUUGUAAUGUCACGGGUAACUUCAUACUAGAGCGCCCGAAUCAAUGCACGUUCUUUAUAAUUAUCUGUCUAUCUACAUAUGUACAAUGAAAAUGGUCUUUCUUUGAGGCUCUUUCAAGCCUAAACCACUCAUUGUAUCGACAUGAAACUACCACCAUUCGAUGCGAAAUUUAUCCUAGAUGGCUAUUUAUUUUUUUAUUGUACUUGUAAUAAAAUGAAUAUAAUUUAAUUUAUUAGUAUCUUUAUUUAUAAUAUUUUAAAAUUCGCCCAGCGAAGCAGGCGGGAAAUUAUAUAAUUAAGUAUUCAAUACACUGUAGCUAGGUAGAGACUUGGCUGAAGAUCCUACCUCCCAGGAACCGAUCCAUAAACACGAAAAAAAGUAGUGUUUGUUUUUUAGUUUUGUGUAGUAGUUGCUAACAAAAAUGAAGUGAUAUGUUAAUGUUAAAUUAACAAAUGGUGAUAUAUAACUACGUAAUAAAAUAUUUUAAAAUUAUAAAUUAUUGUUUUAUGUUAACAGUUAUAACGACUAACCAAACUCUGCUAUCACUCAUAUAUACUGCCCGCGCAAGGCGACUGUCAAGAUCGAUCGAGGUGUCAUAUUAAUUCGCUCGGCUUGUUUAAGUAUUAUUAUUCAACUUUCAUACCUGUGACAUAAUAAUAUAUAUCAUCCACAAAAUUCUUUAAAAAUCAUAAAAACAGUUAAAUAUUUGCACAAAAAAGAUUGUGUGAUAGUUGGUGGACUGUCAGUGUGUAGUAAAAAAUAACAGUUUAAGUAACAGUUACUUAGAAAAUGUAUGUUCUAGCGAAUUUCGACCUUCUUGUUUAUUAUGACAGUAGGAAAAUGACAAUUAGAGUGGGUCACGAUUAUUUUUGUCGAUAGCACCUACAAGAAUCCUUUAUUGGUAAUGAUAUUAUUUUCAGACAUUAUGCAUAUUCUGUCGCAUAUGAAUGUAUAAUAAACUAAUUCUUAAGAUGUUUGCUAAUACAAUAUGUUUGUAUUGGUUCCUUGUAUAGAAAAUAUUUUGAUAAUAAAUCAUAUAGUUUAACGUAGGAAUUAUAACUAAAUGCUGUAAUGCUUUCGUUGUCUAUGUAAUAGUUCUAUAGGUUAUUAUUAAAUGUAAUAUAUAAGUCAAUACAAUAUAUAGGUAUGUUGAACAUCAUGUAUUAUAUAUAAAAAUAUCGAGUUGUAAAUCUCUGUUAUACAAACUGCAAAAUAAGUAGAUGUAUAUAUUUCUUGGCUAUUAUGUUACAGAACGGAGCUUUUUAUUUAUAUAUUUAAUUGAGGGCCAUUUAAAAAUGAUCUCUCGUGUGAAAUUUUAAUAAAAUCUGUGACGUUAACAAUAAUAAUAUGUAUUUAACCAAAUAAACAGCUUAUAUUUUCAUAAAAUAAAAAAAAUAUUAUUGUUCAGCAUAAAUUGUUAGCCAUUAAGCAUAUAUUCUUCGUAUUUAUAGUUAUUAUUGUAUUGGUAGACGUAUUUUACUACCUCAGAAUCUUUUGACGUGAUACCGUCUUUCUUAAGGCGACACUAAAUGCCAGCGACCUUGAGCGAUAUGAGUUCACGGCUGCCGGGCCGCCAUCUAUGUAACAAAGCCAAUAUUUUCAAAAUUAUUGGAUGGAAAACAGUUUAUAUACUUACAAUCCUCGUUAUUCACUACUAAUCUCAAUAAAUGAACCUACACAAAAAAGUACAAGCUAUAAGAAUAACUUUUCUGAGAGAAGUACCAAAAAAAAUGCGUCACGCCAUGCUAAAAAACUUGUUUAACUUCAAAGAAAAGUGGUAGUUCAAAAAGGCUCGGCAGUGUUUACUAUAACCAACAGCAAGCAUUAGCAAGCUACAAAUAAGACUUAAGGAUAUGUGUAACAGGAUUAAGUAGUGCUUAUAGCUCGAAAUGGUAUACUUUCACCACAAAACAUGUCUAAAAACACCAUGUUUGCGUGUAUUCUGCUUACUCUUUGCCUUAAGGGAUUCUUUUUAUAGAAUUUAUUUAUAUUUGUGACUAGUACGCACAAUUAAUGUAAUUACCUUCAACAAGAAAAAUCACACUUUUUCUUGCGUUCCGCUAUGAGUGUAUAUUCUUCUUCUUCUCGUGCCUCUCCAUUACUGGAGGUCAGCAGUCAGCUUUUAAAACUUCUCCUUGUCCAUGGCUAAGCGGAAUAGUUCUUGGACUGUCUUGAUGCCAGUCCAUUCCCUUAUAUUUCUGGGCCAAGACUUCUUUUCUUCUUGCAGCAUCUGUUUUUCCCAGCAAUUUUUCCCAUCAAAAUAGUUUGCAGCACGCGGUAGCCAUCGUUGCGUAGUAGAUGACCCAGGUACGAGAUCUUACGCUGUUUGAUCGUUCUUACUAAAUCGAUGUUCUUUUGCAUUCAGACGAGGACCUCUGCGUUAGACACUUUAGCCGUCCAACUUAUGCGGUGCAUUCUCUGAUACGUUCACAUCUCAAAAGCUUCAAUAUUUUUACGUAUGUCUUCUACUAAGGUCCAUGCCUCACCACUGUAUAAAACAUGAGAUUCAGAGAAAGUUGACGGCUGUAAAGAACUUUCCUCAUCUUCAUAAAAGAUGCGCGAGCAAUUUCUAUGCGAGCUCGGAUCUCCAUUUUGCUUUUCCAUUAGUCUGUUAGCCAUGACCCAAGAUAUUUGUACUUGUCAACUCUCUCCAAGAUCUUCAGUAUAUGUGACGUCAACUGUGGCUUCCCAGAAAUGACUAUAUAUUUUGUUUUUGACACAUUCAUGCUUCACCCUACUUUUUCACUGCACUCGUUUACGCUAUUAGGACAGUAUCACACAGUAAAGUCAGCAUACCAUAGAUUAUUAAUUAUGAGUGUAUAUACAAAUUUCGUACGUAUAGAUAGAUUAUCGUUAGCUUGCUGUUGCCACAUGAGCAACUAGGUACAGAGACAAAUCUUUUUAGGAGCGGGCAAUCUUGAAUCUUUGAUCAUCGAUAUCAAAUAAGCCUAGAUACAAGAUUACAUCCAAAGGAACAGGUAACGGUGGUGAUAAAGAUGCAUUAUAAAAAUUUUUUUGGUGUACAAAAUUUUAGCUCAAUCAGAUAAGCGGCAAGUGUGUUAAACAUUACUUGCAGUAUUUGAACUUAAAUAUGGUGAAAACAUACCCUGAUGUACUUUCUUCCCAUAACCGAAAGGAUCAUACAUAUAUACCUAAAUAUCAAUUUCAACAGUUCAAAAUAUGAUACAUUUUUAUUUUUUCUCGUAUUAUUCAUGCAUGCAAUACAGUAAACCACCAUAUUAAUAAUAGAAUAUUUUUAUGUUCAAAUAUUCAAGCUUGCUAUUAAUAAAACAACACCAAACCUGGUAAAAACCAGUUUGGGCCAACAAGUGGCCAAUGGACACUCACACAUGCCACAGAUUAUUGUAGUAGUGCAAACAUUUCGUGUUGUUGUAGGAAGCUUUCUCUCUGUACCUGUUUUAUUUACUCUUGUGCUAUUGCUUACAACCUACAGCAGAAUUAUAAGUGAAAAACCGCGUAGGUAAUGUAGAUAUUAUUAUGAAAAAUAAUAAAACAUAUUCAAGAAUUAUCCCAUAAUAUUAUUUAUAUGAAUAUACCUACGUAGAAUUAGAAUUAUUAAAAUACAUUAUUAUGUGUAGCUAAAUAUAUAUCAUGAUGUUAGUUGUGACAAUUUAAAUGUAACAUUUAAAUGAUAUGUUAUAUGUAAUCGCUCCAGGAGAGU